GGGCAAGUUGUGACAUUUGAAAUUAAAAUCUCUAACCCCUUGUACAUCUCUGCUAGUGCUGGGAUCCAAGUCGCCUUCUUCUGCACUGGUGGGAGCAAAGGGAAAAUCGUGUACGAUCCCUUCUUCCUGAUGAUCCCAGAUGUCUCUGGCUAUUGCCAGACCUACAACAUCCAUGGACAGGACCUGUUUGAGAACUAUGCCGUGAUUGUAGCCAAGACGGCCGAGACUGCUGCUGUUACUAUUGAUGUGGAACCACUACGUGUUACUCUGUGGAGGCCUAUUCCAGGCACAGCAUAUUCUUGGACUACAUACAACUUGAGAAGUGGGUUUAGCAACCACACCAUAGAGAACCCCAGCUCCCCAUUUGGUGUCCUGAGUGUUGGGAUUACAGACAAGGCUGGAUAUGGCUCAGCAGCUAUUGGUGGCAUUUCUAGUGCUGCCCCUACUAUUCAACCUCCAGAUCUUCCCCGUACCUCUUGCUCAGGCCCCCAAGGGACAGAAUUUAUCACAGUCUUCAUGCAGAAUCACUUACCACGUUAUGGCAGUAAAGACUUCAAGUUAUUCAUCACUGGCUACAUCCCUGGGACGUUUGUCACCAUCUCAGUAAAUAAAGCAGAGUUUUUGGUCACUAUCACUGCAAAUCCCGAACAGACAGUAUCUGUGAUGAUCCCAGUGUUUGUGGAGCUGGCUGGAAGCAACAAAUUUGACCACACGGUCAUCAUCCGGGCUGAUCAUGAGAUCUCCAUCCUCGCUCUGAACUAUAAGACCUAUACAGCUGAUACCACUGUAGUGUACCCUGUGCAGAGGCUCGGGACAGAGUACUAUGUGGUGACUCCACUGGGGAAGCCAGAUGGUCUCGAUAAGCAAUUUGCUGUAGUAGCCUGGAAGGAUCCCACCAUUGUUGAAGUUUACCUCAAAGGGGCUGUCACUUUCCAAGAAGAAAACUACAGAGCAGGGACAAAACUGGUCAUCCCACUUGGAGCUUACCAGGCCGUCCAGCUGCAAAGCCGUGAUGACUUAUCUGGCACCAGGAUCGUGUCCCAGAAUCCCGUGGCCGUCUAUAGCGGACACGUAUGUGUUGCAAAGCACACCAAAUGUGACUACGUGAGUGAGCAGCUCCUGCCGGUGUCUGGCUGGGGCACCACAUUCAUUGUACCGCCCUUAUCCUUCCAGCCCAAAUUUGACCUGGUGUAUGUGGCUGCUUCCCAAUACACUCACAUUGAUUAUCAGUCUGGGAGGGCGAGAGCCUCUAAGGACCUGGUUGCUGGGCAGGUUGUGACAUUUGAAGUCAAAUUCCCUAGUCCCUUGUACAUCUCUGCUAGUGCUGGGGUCCAAGUCGCCUUCUUCUGUGCUGGUGGAAGCAAAGGGAAAAUCGUGUACGAUCCCUUCUUCCUGAUGAUCCCAGAUGUCUCUGGCUAUUGCCAGACCUAUAACAUCCAUGGACAGGACCGGUUUGAGAACUACGCAAUGAUAACAGCCAAAACAUCAGAAUCUGGUGGCAUCACCAUUGAUAAGGAACCCUUGGAAAACAUUGCAUGGAGGCCAAUUCCAGGCACAGGGUUCUCUUGGGCUGAAUACAACCUUGGCAAAGGGUUUAAGAGAGAAACCAUGGAGCACCCCAUAUCUCCUUUUGGGCUUCUGAGCAUUGGGAUUGCAUCCAAAUCUGGGUAUGGCUCACCAGCUAUUGGUGCAAGCAAUAUUCCGACGCCAUCCUGCAGUGUGGGCCUCUGCGAGCAAGGAACAGUUUGUAAGAUGAUAGAUGGGCAGCCAGAGUGUUUGCCAGUUUCUGCGGCCACGUGCUGGGCUGGGGGUUACUUGCAUUACCACACCUUCGACGGCCGACCGUAUGACAUCCAUGGCACCUGCACCUACACCGUGGCCAAGACCUGUGGGUGUGACUGCGGCCCGCACUCCUUUGACAUCACGGCUGAGAGUGGGAACAGGGGGUUCGUGCAGGUCUCAUACAUUGGGUUGGUGACCAUCCAGGUGGAUGGAAUUACCAUCACAGUGGCCAGGGCAGAAGUCGGCUUUGUGAGGGUGAAUAACACCAGGGCCCACUUACCCAUCUCCCUGAACAGUGGGGCCCUUCGGCUCUAUCAGAGUGGCACCUCCCUCAUCCUCCACACCGACUUCAACCUCAGGGUGUCCUAUGACUGGAACAACCACCUGAGGGUCACCGUCCCUAAUGACUUCUCCAACAGCCUGUGCGGCCUAUGUGGCAACUAUAAUGGGGACCCCUCCGAUGACUUCUGGACCCCAGGCGAGGAUCCGGAUCCCAGUGACAUUCUCCAGGAGCAAAGCUGGGCAGUGGAAGAUGAGGAUCAGUUUUGCUGGCACGAUUGCAUUGGAGGUUGCAGGCCCUGUGCCAUCAGCAUAGCUAGAAAGUACAAGGAGGAGGCCUCGUGUGGCCUGAUAGCCAAGGUCUCAGAUGGGCCCUUCAGCCAGUGCCACACCAAGGUGGAUCCUACAGUCUACUUGGACAACUGCAUGUAUGAUCUGUGCCACAGCGACGGCUACAGGAAGGCCCUGUGUGAGGCCCUGAAGGCCUAUGCGGAUGCCUGCCAGCUGGAGGGGGUCAGGAUUGGGGAAUGGAGGCAGCUGGCCAGAUGUCCCAUGGAGUGCCCCCUGGAGAACAGCCAGUACCAGCUCUGUGGAACAGCCUGCCCAGCCACGUGUGUGGACCAGUCAGCCCCAAGCAGCUGCCAAGACCCCUGUGUGGAAAGCUGCCAGUGCAAGGAUGGUUUUGUGCUGAGCCAGGGCAAAUGCAUCCCCAAGAGCAGCUGUGGGUGCCUGUUCGAGGGGCGUCCCUAUGCCCCCAACGAGAGCUUCUGGGUUGACGAGGCAUGUGGGACAUGGUGCAAGUGCAACGCAGCCACUAGACAACUUGAAUGCGUGGCUGCUAAAUGCAAACGUUCAGAGAGGUGUGGGCUAGUGAAUGGCAUAAGGGGCUGUUACCCCUCCAGCUACACCACCUGCUCUGUGACACGGAAUCUGCACUACACCACCUUUGAUAGACAGAGAUACAACUUCCAAGGCACUUGCCAUUACCAGCUAACUGCCUUGUGCAAGAAGGCAGAGGGACUGGUGGACUUUGAAGUCUAUUUCCAGGAGAACAGUACUACUCCUGUGCAGAUCAAGGUUUAUGAGACCGACAUCAGGGUCAGUAAUCAAUUCCCUGGGAAAAUCAUGAUGAAUGGUUUCCUGAUUAAUCUUCCCUUCAACCUCAUUGAUAAGAAAAUCACUAUGUAUAGAAAGGGCUGGGCCACAGUGAUCCAGGCAGACUUUGGCCUCAGCGUUACCUAUGCCAGGUGGUCAGGACGCACCACGGUGACUCUGCCAGUUACCUACGCGGGAGCCGUGUGUGGUCUGUGUGGCAAUUUUAACAUGGACAGGAAGGACGACAUGCUCAUGAGGGAUGGCACGCUGGCACCAAGCCCCAUCAGCUUUGGCCAAAGCUGGAAGGUGGGCGACCUCCGGGGAUGCUCUGCAGUAAAGAUACCCCCAUGCGCAAGUGUAGAGGCUAUUGAAAAACAACGAGGUAGCAGAGGACAGUGUGGGAUCAUCCUAGACAAGAGUAGCCCUUUCAGAGGAUGUCACAGCAAAGUGCAGCCCCAUGGAUACUUCAUAGACUGCGUGUACGGCUAUUGCGUCCUCAGUGGGUGGGAGAGUAACGUUUGUCAUGCUGUCGCUGAGUAUGCUGAGGCAUGUCAGGAAGCUGGAGCUAUAGUGCAUCCCUGGAGGACUACGAAAUUCUGCUAUCUGUCCUGUCCCCUGAACAGUCACUACGAAUUAUGCAGCAGCUGCCAUCUGCAAUGCAGCAACCUCUAUGCCCCAGUGCAAUGCACGACCCAGUGUAAGGAAGGCUGCGUGUGUGAUGAGGGCUUUGUUCUCAGUGGCGACAGCUGCGUCCCCAUUUCCCAGUGCGGAUGCCUCCACAGAGGAUUUUACUACCAGGCCGGGGAGACCUUCCACCGGAGCGGUUCAUGCGAGGAGCAGUGCGUGUGUCUGGCUGGUGGGGAGGUUGUGUGUAAGGCAUUCUCCUGCGGCGCUGGUGAGGAAUGCGGGGUGGUGGACGGCAUCCAGAAAUGCCACCCAUUUGGAUCUGCGACCUGUUCUGCCUCUGGCCAUCCCCACUACCUCUCUUUCGAUGGGGUCUCCUUUGACUUCCAAGGCACCUGCACCUACAUCCUGGCCAAGACCUGCACCGAUGCCAGCCACUUGACACCAUUCACAAUCAGCGUAGAGAAAGAAUCCUGGGGCAGUGGGAAUGUCUCCAUGGCCACGUUGGUGUCCAUUCAGGUGUACGGGAUCACACUCACCCUGCUGCAGAACAAACAGGGGCUCAUCAUGGUGGAUGGGGUGUUCCACAACCUACCGGUGAUCACGGCCAACAGGCGGCUCCAAGCAUAUCAGCAUGGUACAAACAUCCUGGUGCAAACUGACUUUGGCCUCAUUGUGAGUUACGACCUGGUUUACCAGGCCAGAGUCACCGUUCCACAGCGAUACCAGGGCCACAUGUGUGGCCUGUGCGGGAACUACAGUGGAAGGCAGGACAGCAAGUUCCUGCUCCCCAAUGGCAGGACAGCCUCUGAUGUGGCAGCAUUUGGCUCUGCUUGGGAAGUCCAGGUCCCAGGAGCAUCAUGUGCGGACAGAUGCCGUGGGAACAGCUGUCCAGUUUGUGAGGAGAGGAAGAAGGAUGUCUUCAAACAGCACCACUACUGCGGGUUGCUCACAGACCCCGAUGGCCCCUUCACUGCCUGCCACGGCACGGUCAGCCCCAGUGUGUAUCUGAGCAACUGCCUGUAUGAUGUGUGCCUGGGAAACGGGGACUCCCAGGUCCUGUGCCAGAACAUCCACAGCUACGUGACAGCCUGCCAAGAGGCUAAGGUCACCAUCCCGCCCUGGAGGAGCCCCUCCUUCUGCCCUGUGAGCUGCCCUGCCAACAGCCACUAUGAGGUCUGUGCUGACCUCUGCACUGUCACCUGCGCUGGAAACAUCAUAGACUGCCCGGAGACCUGUGCUGAAGGCUGCCAAUGUGACGAUGGCUUCUUCUUUGACGGCCAGGGCUGUGUGACUCAGGAGCGCUGUGGAUGCUUUGAACAGGGGAGAUACUAUGAGCCCAGUCAGACGGUCCUGAUGAACGACUGCCAGCAAAGCUGCACCUGUGUUCCCACCCAAGGCGUGACCUGCGAAGCCCAUAGCUGCUCCAGAGGAGAAACCUGCCAGAUCAGAGACGGCGUCAUGGGCUGCAUCAGCCAAGAUAUUCCAAAGCCAUCCUGCAGUGUGGUCCGCUGCAGAGAAGGAACUAUUUGCAAGAUGAUAAAUGGGCAGCCAGAGUGUGUGCCAGUCUCUCAGGCCACGUGCUGGGCUGGGGGUUACUUGCAUUACCACACCUUCGAUGGACGGGUGUAUGAUUUCCACGGCACCUGCAACUACACGGUGGCCAAGACCUGCAGGGAUGACUCCGUCCUGCCCUCCUUCCACGUCAUAGCCGAGAGCGAGAACAGUGGAAACACACAGGUUUUCUACAUUGGGUCGGUGACUGUCCAGGUGGAUGGAGUCACCGUCACAGCAGCCAGGACUGAGGUCGGCUCUGUGUGGCUGAAUAACACCAGGGCCCACUUACCCAUCUCCCUGAACAACGGGGCCCUUCGGCUCUAUCAGAGCGGCACCUCCCUUGUCCUCUGCAACGACUUCAACCUCAGCGUGUCCUAUGACUGGAACAACGACCUGAGGGUCACCGUGCCUAAUGACUUCUCCGACAGCCUGUGCGGCCUGUGUGGCAACUAUAAUGGGGACCCCUCCGAUGACUUCCGGACCUCAGAAGGGGACCGGGCUCGCAGUGUCGCCGCCCUGGGGAAAAGCUGGGCAGUGGAAGAUGAGGAUCAGUUUUGCUGGCACGAUUGCAUUGGAGGUUGCAGGCCCUGUGCCGCCAGCAUAGCCAGAAAGUACAAGGAAGAGGCCUCGUGCGGCCUGAUAACCAAGGUCUCAGAUGGGCCCUUCAGCCAGUGCCACACCAAGGUGGAUCCUACAGUCUACUUGGACAACUGCGUGUACGAUCUGUGCCACAGCGACGGCUACAGGAAGGCCCUGUGUGAGGCCCUGAAGGCCUAUGUGGACGCUUGCCAGCUGGAGGGGAUCAGGAUUGGGGAAUGGAGGCAGCUGGCCAGAUGCCCCAUGGAGUGCCCCCUGGAGAACAGCCAAUACCAGCUCUGUGGAACAGCCUGCCCAGCCACGUGUGUGGACCAGUCAGCCCCAAGCAGCUGCCAAGACCCCUGUGUGGAAAGUUGCCAGUGCAAGGAUGGUUUUGUGCUGAGCCAGGGCAAAUGCAUCCCCAAGGGCGGCUGUGGGUGCCAGUUUGAGGGGCGCCCCUAUGCCCCCAAUGAGAGUUUCUGGGUUGAUGAGGCAUGUGGGACACGGUGCAUGUGCAACGCAGCCACUAGACAAGUCGAUUGCGCGGCCGCUACAUGCAAACACUCAGAGAGGUGCGGGCUAGUGAACGGCGUACGGGGCUGUUACCCCUCCAGCUACGCCACCUGCUCUGUGACAAGGAAUCUGCACUACACCACCUUUGAUGGACAGAGAUACGACUUCCAAGGUACCUGCCACUACCAGGUCACUAUCCUAUGCAAGAAGGCGGAAGGACUGGUGGACUUUGAAGUCUACUUCCAGGAAAGCAAUACUGCUCCUGUGCAGAUCAAGGUCUAUGAGACCGACAUCAGGGUCAGCAAUCAAUUCCCUGGGAAAAUCAUGGUGAAUGGUUUCCUGAUUAAUCUUCCCUUCAACCCUGAUAAGAAAAUCACUAUGUAUAGAAAGGGCUGGGCCACAGUGAUCCAGACAGACUUUGGUCUCACCGUUACCUAUGCCAGGUGGUCAGGACGCACCACAGUGAUUCUGCCAGUUACCUACGCGGGAGCCGUGUGUGGUCUGUGUGGCAAUUUUAACAUGGACAGGAAGGACGACAUGCUUAUGAGGGAUGGCACAUUGGCACCAAACCCCAUCAGCUUUGGCCAGAGCUGGAAGGUGGGCGACCUCUGGGGAUGCUCUGCAGUAACGAUACCCCCAUGCGCAAGUGUAGAGGCUAUUGAAAAACAACAACGAGGUAGCAGAGGGCAGUGUGGGCUCAUCCUCCACAAGAGUGGCCCUUUCAGAGGAUGUCACAGCAAAGUGGACCCCCAUGGAUACUUUGUAGACUGCGUGUACGGCUAUUGUGUCCUCAGUGGGCGGGAGAGUAAUGUCUGCCAGGCCGUUGCUGGCUAUUCCGAGGCAUGUCAGGAAGCUGGAGCUAUGGUGCGUCCCUGGAGGACGACGAAAUUCUGCUCUCCGUCCUGUCCCCCGAACAGUCACUACGAAUUCUGCAGCAGCAGCUGCGAUCUGACAUGCAGCAACCUCUAUGCCCCGGUGCAAUGCACGACCCAGUGUAAGGAAGGCUGCGUGUGUGACGAGGGCUUUGUUCUCAGUGGCGACAGCUGUGUCCCCAUUUCCCAGUGCGGAUGCCUCCACUGGGGACUUUACUACCAUGCCAGGGAGACCUUCCACCCGAGCGGUUCAUGCGAGGAGCAGUGCGUGUGUCUGGCUGGUGGGGAGGUUGUGUGUAAGGCAUUCUCCUGCGGCACUGGUGAGGAAUGCGGGGUUGUGGACGGCAUCCAGAAAUGUCACCCAUUUGGAUCUGCGACCUGUUCUGCCUCUGGCCAUCCCCACUACCUCUCUUUCGAUGGGGUCCCCUUUGACUUCCAAGGCACCUGCACCUACAUCCUGGCCAAGACCUGCACUGAUGCCAGUGACCUUACACCAUUCUCUAUCAGCAUAGAGAAAGAAGAUUGGGGCACCAGGAACAUGUCCAUGGCCAAGCUGGUGUCCAUUAAGGUGUAUGGGAUCACACUCACCCUACUGCAAAACAAACAAGGGCUCAUCAUGGUGAACAGGGUGUCCCACAACCUCCCAGUGAUCGUGGCUGAUGGGCAACUUAGAGCAUAUCAACAUGGCACAAACAUUCUGGUGCAAACCAACUUCGGCCUCACUGUGAGCUACGACCUGGUUUACCAGGCCAGGGUCACCAUCCCAGGAAGCUACGAGGGACAGACGUGCGGCCUGUGCGGGAACUACAAUGGACAGCUGAACGAGGAGUUCCUGCUCCCCAAUGGCAGGACAGCCCCUGAUGAGGCAGCAUUUGGCUCUGCUUGGGAAGUCGAGAUCCCAGGAGCAUCCUGUACAGACAGAUGUGCUGGAAACAGCUGUCCAGUUUGCGAAGAGAAGAAGAAGGACGUCUUCAAAGGGCGCAACUACUGUGGGCUGCUCACAGACUCCGACGGCCCCUUCGCAGCCUGCCACGGCGCAGUCAGCCCCAGCGUCUAUCAGAGCAACUGCCUGUAUGAUGUGUGCCUGGGAAACGGGGACUCCCAGGUCCUGUGCCAGAGUAUCCACAGCUACGUGACGGCCUGCCAAGAGGCCGGGGCCCCCAUCCAGCCCUGGAGGAGCGCCUCUUUCUGCCCUGUGAGCUGCCCGGUUAACAGCCACUACGAGGUCUGCGCUGACCUCUGUACCACCACCUGCUCUGGAGACAUCAUGGACUGCCCGGAGACCUGUGCUGAAGGCUGCCAAUGUGAUGACGGCUUCUUCUUCGAUGGCCAGGGCUGUGUGACUCUGCAGAGCUGUGGGUGCUUCGAGCGUGGGAGAUAUUACAAGCCCAAUGAGACGGUCCUGAUGAACGAGUGCCAGCAAAGCUGCACGUGUGUUCCUGCCCGAGGGGUGACCUGUAAAGCCCAUGGCUGCUCCCGAGAAGAAAUCUGCCAGAUUAGAGAUGGCGUCAGGGCCUGCAUCAGCAUAGAUAUUCCAAAGCCAUCGUGCAGUGUGGUCCGCUGCAGAGAAGGAACUAUUUGCAAGAUGAUAAAUGGGCAGCCAGAGUGUGUGCCAGUCUCUCAGGCCACGUGCUGGGCUGGGGGUUACUUGCAUUACCACACCUUCGAUGGACGGGUGUAUGAUUUCCACGGCACCUGCAACUACACGGUGGCCAAGACCUGCAGGGAUGACUCCGUCCUGCCCUCCUUCCACGUCAUAGCCGAGAGCGAGAACAGUGGAAACACACAGGUCUUCUACAUUGGGUCGGUGACUGUCCAGGUGGAUGGAGUCACCGUCACAGCAGCCAGGACUGAGGUCGGCUUUGUGGGGCUGAAUAACACCAGGGCCCACUUACCCAUCUCCCUGAACAACGGGGCCCUUCGGCUCUAUCAGAGCGGCACCUCCCUCAUCCUCCGCACCGACUUCAACCUCAGAGUGUCCUAUGACUGGAACAACCACCUGAGGAUCACUGUUCCCAGGGUCUUUUUGAACAGCCUGUGCGGCCUGUGCGGCAACUAUAAUGGGGACCCCUCCGAUGACUUCAGGACCCCGGAUGGGGACCUGGCUCCCAGUGUCGCCGCCCUGGGGAAAAGCUGGGCAGUGGAAGAUGAGGAUCAGUUUUGCUGGCACGAUUGCAUUGGAGGUUGCAGGCCCUGUGCCGCCAGCAUAGCCAGAAAGUACAAGGAAGAGGCCUCGUGCGGCCUGAUAACCAAGGUCUCAGAUGGGCCCUUCAGCCAGUGCCACACCAAGGUGGAUCCUACAGUCUACUUGGACAACUGCGUGUACGAUCUGUGCCACAACAGCGGCUACAGGAAGGUCCUGUGUGAGGCCUUGAAGGCCUACGCGGAUGCCUGCCAGCUGGAGGGGGUCAGGAUUGGGGAAUGGAGGCAGCUGGCCAGAUGCCCCAUGGAGUGCCCCCUGGAGAACAGCCAGUACCAGCUCUGUGGAACAGCCUGCCCAGCCACGUGUGUGGACCAGUCAGCCCCCAGCAGUUGCAAAGACCCCUGCGUGGAAAGUUGUCAGUGCACGGAUGGUUUUGUGCUGAGCCAGGGCAAAUGCAUCCCCAAGGGCAGCUGUGGGUGCCAGUUUGAGGGGCGUCCCUAUGCCCCCAGUGAGAGUUUCUGGGUUGACGAGGCAUGUGGGACACAGUGCAUGUGCAAUGCAGCCACUAGACAGGUUGAAUGCGUGGCUGCUAUGUGCAAACACUCAGAGAGGUGCGGGCUAGUGAACGGCGUACGGGGCUGUUACCCCUCCAGCUACGCCACCUGCUCUGUGACAAGGAAUCUGCACUAUUCCACCUUUGAUGGACGGAGAUACAACUUCAAAGGCACCUGCCGCUACCAGCUCACGGCCCUGUGCAAGAAGGCAGAGGGACUGGUGGACUUUGAAGUCAACUUCCAGGCAAACAAUACCGCUCCUCUACAGAUCAAGGUGUAUCAGACCAACCUCAGGAUCAGCAAUCAAUUCCCUGGGAAAGUCCUGGUGAAUGGUUUCCUGAUUAAUCUUCCCUUCAACCUCAUUGAUAAGAAAAUCACUGUGUAUAGAAAGGGCUGGGCCACAGUGAUCCAGACAGACUUUGGCCUCAGCAUUACCUAUGCCGGGUGGUCAGGACGUACCACGGUGACUCUGCCAGUUACCUACGCGGGAGCUGUGUGUGGUCUGUGUGGCAAUUUUAACAUGGACAGGAAGGACGACAUGCUCAUGAGGGAUGGCAUGAGGGCACCAAACCCCAUCAGCUUUGGCCAGAGCUGGAAGGUGGGCGACCUCCCAGGAUGCUCUGCAGUAACGAUACCCCCAUGCGCAAGUGUAGAGGCUAUUGAAAAACAACAACGAGGUAGCAGAGGGCAGUGUGGGCUCAUCCUCCACAAGAGUGGCCCUUUCAGAGGAUGUCACAGCAAAGUGGACCCCCGUGGAUACUUCGUAGACUGCGUGUACGGCUAUUGCGUCCUCAGUGGGCAGGAGAGUAACGUCUGCCAGGCCGUUGCUGGCUAUUCUGAGGCAUGUCAGGAAGCUGGAGCUGUGGUGCAUCCCUGGAGGACGACGAAAUUCUGCUCUCCGUCCUGUCCCCCGAACAGUCACUACGAAUUCUGCAGCAGCAGCUGCGAUCUGACAUGCAGCAACCUCUAUGCCCCGGUGCAAUGCACGACCCAGUGUAAGGAAGGCUGCGUGUGUGAUGAGGGCUUUGUUCUCAGUGGCGAGCUCUGCAUCCCCAUUUCCCAGUGCGGUUGCCUCCACAGGGGAUUUUACUACCAGGCCGGGGAGACCUUCCACCCAAGCGGUUCAUGCAAGGAGCAGUGUGUAUGUCAGGCUGGUGGGGAAGUUGUAUGUAAGGCUUUCUCCUGCGGCGCUGGUGAGGAAUGCGGGGUGGUGGACGGCAUCCAGAAAUGCCACCCAUUUGGAUUUGCGACCUGUUCUGCCUCUGGCCAUCCCCACUACCUCUCUUUCGACGGGGUGCCCUUUGACUUCCAAGGCACCUGCACCUACAUCCUGGCCAAGACCUGCACUGAUUCCAGCCACCUUACACCAUUUACUAUCAGCGUAGAGAAAGAAUCCUUGGGCAGUGGGAAUGUGUCCAUGGCCAAGCUGGUGUCCAUCCAGGUGUAUGGGAUCACACUCACCCUGCUGCAGAGCAAACAGGGGCUCAUCAUGGUGGACGGGGUAUCCCACAAUCUCCCUGUGAUAAUGGUCAAUGGGCAGCUCCGAGCAUAUCAACACGGCACUAAUGUGCUGGUGCAAACUGACUUUGGCCUCACUGUGAGCUACGACCUGGUUUACCAGGCCAGAGUCACCAUCCCAGGGACCUACCAGGGCCAGACGUGUGGCCUGUGCGGGAACUACAAUGGACAGCGGGACAAGGAGUUCCUGCUCCCCAGUGGCAGGACAGCCCCUGAUGUGGCAGCAUUUGGCUCUGCUUGGGAAGUCGAGAUCCCAGGAGCAUCCUGUACAGACAGAUGUGCUGGAAACAGCUGUCCAGUUUGCGAAGAGAAGAAGAAGGACGUCUUCAAAGGGCGCAACUACUGUGGGCUGCUCACAGACCCUGAGGGCCCCUUCAUGGCCUGCCACAGCGCGGUCAGCCCCAGCGUGUAUCAGAGCAACUGCCUGUACGAUGUGUGCCUGGGAAACGGGGACUCCCAGGUCCUGUGCCAGAGCAUCCACAGCUACGUGACGGCCUGCCAAGAGGCUAAGGUCACCAUCCAGCCCUGGAGGAGCGCCUCCUUCUGCGCUGUGAGCUGCCCGGUUAACAGCCACUACGAGGUCUGCGCUGACCUCUGUACCACCACCUGCACUCAAGACAUCAUGGACUGCCCAGAGACCUGUGCUGAAGGCUGCCAGUGUGAUGAGGGCUUCCUCUUCGAUGGCCAGGGCUGUGUGACUCCAGAGAACUGCAGGUGCUUUGAACAGGGGAGAUACUACAAGUCAGGAAUAGGGUUUGCUAUAGUGGAUCAGAGCAUUGGCCUAUCCAGCCUGGCAUUCCGGCUCUGUUAA